UUGAUUGGUUCUCAGCCGUAUCCGGUGGGGCAGCGGUCCAGGGCUCGGGGAAAAAAAAUCGAAAAGAGGAGGAAGAUCUGGUAACGGUGCGCUUUGAGAAAUAUCUUACAUUCCGAGUCACCGUUUAAAGGCUCGGCAGGAUUUUACCGUUUCUUCACAAAGGUUAGAGGUCACAGAGCAGGGUUGCGGCUGUCGUCAUGGCAUCUGGAAGUACGAGCAGCGAGGAGGAGCGGAGCCUGAGGGAGUGUGAGCAGUACGUGCAGAAACACAACAUUCAACAGCUGCUGAAGGACUGCAUUGUCCAGCUGUGCACCUCCAGGCCAGAUAGGCCCAUGGCUUUCCUCAGGGAGUACUUCGAGAGGCUGGAGAAGGAGGAGGCCAAGCAGAUUCAGAACCAGCAGAAGGCCAGCAGUUCCCGUUCAGACUCUCGUGAUGAAGAGGUGUCUCCGCCCAUGAACCCCGUGGUAAAGGGCCGCCGGCGGAGAGGCGCCUUCAGCGCAGAGGUUUACACAGAGGAGGAUGCCGCCUCAUAUGUCAGAAAGGUCAUUCCAAAAGACUACAAAACAAUGGCUGCCUUGGCCAAAGCUAUUGAAAAGAAUGUUCUCUUCUCACACCUGGAUGACAAUGAGCGGAGUGACAUAUUUGAUGCAAUGUUUCCAGUCACCUACAUUGCUGGGGAAACCGUUAUUCUGCAGGGUGACGAAGGUGACAAUUUCUACGUCAUCGACCAAGGAGAGAUGGAUGUGUAUGUGAACAAUGAAUGGGUGACCAGCAUAGGGGAAGGUGGCAGCUUUGGAGAGCUGGCACUGAUCUACGGCACCCCAAGAGCGGCUACUGUCAGAGCCAAGACCAACGUUAAACUGUGGGGCAUCGACAGAGACAGCUACAGGAGAAUACUUAUGGGAAGCACUUUGAGAAAGAGGAAGAUGUAUGAGGAAUUCCUCAGAAAAGUCUCCAUUUUAGAGUCGCUUGACAAAUGGGAGCGUCUGACAGUCGCCGAUGCCUUGGAGCCUGUCCAGUUUGAGGAUGGACAAAAGAUUGUUGUGCAAGGAGAGCCCGGAGAUGAGUUCUUCAUCAUCUUAGAGGGCUCUGCAGCUGUGUUGCAGCGUCGCUCAGAGAAUGAGGAGUUUGUGGAAGUUGGGAGAUUAGGACCAUCAGACUACUUUGGUGAGAUUGCUCUGCUGAUGAACCGCCCCCGCGCCGCCACCGUGGUUGCCCGCGGCCCCCUGAAGUGCGUCAAGCUCGAUCGGCCUCGCUUUGAGCGUGUCCUGGGUCCCUGCUCAGACAUCCUCAAACGCAACAUCCAACAGUACAACAGCUUUGUGUCGCUGUCUGUCUGAGGGAGCAUUUCUCCUUACACUCACUUCUCCGCCCCCCGCCGCACCCUCUCCACCUCUUCUUCUCUCCUUUCAGACCCAGGGGUCCACCAGUGCUUUUCUUUUUUUUGUUAGGUUUUUUUUUUGCUUUCUGUCACUUUCUCCUGAUUUCAGUUCCCCCAUUCCCACUCUUAAUUUCACACACAAAUCAUUUUAUUGUUCCCACCGGUCACGCUGCUGUGACUGUUUUUUUUUUUUUUGUUUGUUUGUUUUUUUUUUUUUUUUUAAGCCAUUCACCAGCGCUUGUACCAGCUGCUGUACGCUACCUUGUAGGCACAGUUACACCACAUGUAACUUAUGUUAUAUAUAUAUUUGCUGAUUAAGCUUCUUUUUUUUUCGAUACGAAGCGGGAGAUCUGAAAGGUUCUCAGACUGAUGAGACAGACAAUCAGACUUUACAUUGCGCUUUCAGUAAAAUUAUUUUUUUGUUGCAGACUGAAGUGAAGAAAAGUUUCCUUUGUUGUCGGGCUUUUUUUUGUUUGUUUUUUUUGUUUUUUUGGACAUCAAUUAGCUUGACUACACACAGAGAGAGCAGAACCGAGAAACUGUAGAGGGCGUGAAGAUCUAAUGCUCGACUUUGGUUACCGUUUGAUUGGUACGACAAGAAAACAAUGUCUCUUUUAGUUCGAGAGAGCUUGUACAACAAAUAUUUUUUAUUGUGCAGCUACCAGGCUAGUGCCAAAUGUUGAUUACUGUCAUUCAAUGCAAAGAUGCAUAGCCGUGGGAAUGCAAUGCGUGCUCUGUUCCAAACAGGAAGUAGUUAUCACCCUGUAGUCAUCUUAAUCAAUAGGACGACCAUACAAGAACUGCCUUGACUACUCUGAGGAAAAUAAAUAAAUAAAUAAA